AUGGCGAGCAAGCAGGCUGCCUGCAUGGCCUGUCGAAGGAGCAAGAUCCGGUGUAAAAGAGGCCCUGGAGCCGAUGCUUGCGAAAAAUGUCUUCAUUCAGGGACCGAAUGCGUAGUUCCAGGGGGUUUCCAUAUUGGACGACAAAAAGGAGUUAGGAAUAAGCGGACUGGGCUUGAAAAGGCGCUCCACCAGAUUGAAGAAGCAAUCAAAAAGUCCAAAUCAGACCCAAGCUCAAGCGGAAACACCGUGGAGCAACUGCAGCAACUUCUCCUCGAAGCACGCGGUAGUCGGGCUUCAUCGAACAGCAGCCCUUCAAGCAGCGUUCCUGCACCUUCAGAGGGAGUGGCGCACGUGAGUGAUGAUCAGCAAGCAUUAGAUGAUGCCGAAAAUCCUCUUCAACUACUUGCGCGCGCCUCGGAUCUGCGCUUGACAUCGCCACAGUCCAACGACCACCCUUUCACCCCAUCUACCUCACAUUUGUGCAGCGAUGUGGACCAACAGUCCGACGUCCACCGAUUCUUUCUACCGAUCAAAGCCAGUCUGGAUCGUGGGCCCAGUUAUGAUCCGAUUGAUUUGGGGCUAGUGACUGAAGAAGAAGCCGAGCUGCUUCUGUCAUUUUAUCACGAAAAGCUGGCCCACACCCGCUGGGGUACAGACAAGGCAACUCACACACUAGCGUUCUGCCGGGGACAGUCAGCAUUCCUCCUUACUUCACUGUUGGCAGCAUCUUCCUUGUUCUUACCGUCAGCUGCUGCCAUGUGCAAACGACUGUUAGUGCAUAGAAAAUUCAUGGCUGAGCAGGUGAUCGCGCGCAGACUUCGUUCAGUAGAGAUCGUUAUAGCAUUCAUGGUAAACGUGCCAUGGAUGCAUCCCGGACUCAAUGCCGGUGACGACGAUACUGGACUAUAUAUGUCCACAGCGCUGAGCAUUGCGUUAGAUUUGUCACUCAACAAGAUCAUUGUGCCAUCGUCAUGUUUCGAUCAAGAUAUACUCAAACGAGUACCAAAGGGACAUUGCCUCGACGCGAGGAAAGCAUUGACGAUGGAUGGCUUCGAAGACGUUGAGAUAACAUCAGAGUUUGGCAAGCAGAUGCUUCGAAGACGCGAGCGGGCCUGGAUAGCGCUUUUCGUAUUAGAUCGCGGCAUAGGGUUGGCUCGUGGCCGUGCCUUUUGUGCUACUGUCACACCAUUAAUUACCUAUUGCGACAUCUGGCACAUCGACAUGACCCCAGAUCCACAAGAUGGGCCGCUAGUGUCUAUGGCCGUGCUGAGACGCGAUCUUGACGACCUCUUCAGAUCUGUUCGCUCCAAGUGCGACUCGUACCAGUCUGGCGACGUUGGAUCAAAGGUUGCUGAAGACAUUGAAUCGACCAUCGAAGGCUUCUUCAACACAUGGAUCGCGAAAUGGACACACACUAUCGGCGAAGGAGAGCAGAAGAUCCUCCCACCAUAUGUCGAGAUACUUCUCCCGCAUACGCGACUGUCGGCGUAUAGCCACGUUAUCAAUCAUCCCACUGCCCCACUAGAGGUCAAACGACUGCUUCGCGGUUCUACCUUGUCAGCAGCCUUGAAUGUCAUGCGUGUGGCAAUACAAGGCGAGGUGCGUUUGAAGUCGAUGCCAAACAACACAGUGACGAUGAUUUGCUUCGCCGCUUGCGUUGCGCUGACACUAAGCGCGCCAUCUCCAUACGGAAGUUACAAUCUAGCACCGAGCGUUCGUAAUUUAAUUGAAGAGACAGCUACUGUACUGGAACGCAUUGGAAGCACACCAAGCCACAGGAAUGGGGCUUCGGUGAUAUACGGCAAGAGUUUACGCGAGCUGGUCAAGCGGGCACCAGAACUACCUCCACCUGUACCGCCGCCAGCUUCAUUCAACUACGUCUCCCAGCCUCAAGCUCCGACCAACUCGCUGUUCGCACCCGCUGCCGACCUGCUACAGUCUUCAGCUCAGCCUCAGUAUCAGCUUCCUAAUCAAUGGCCAGAGCCACUCCAAUUCUCCGCCAUGUCCGGUAAUGAGAUUAUUGAGACGGUGAUGAAUGUUGGCGAUUUCAAUUCUUCACUUCUGGAUAUACCGAUGCAGGAUCCAAACUCUUUCAUGUGGAUGGAUUGGAUCAACCCGCUGGACCCAGGAUUCUAA